AUGCGCCAUAACGCUGAAACUGAAAAGAGAGAGAGAGAGCAGCUUGUGGCACAAAGUAAGGAAAUGGAGGAUUUGGAGGAGAAAAAGGCAAAACUUGAAGAAGAGUUACAGAAGAAAGAGGAAGAGCAGAAAGACUUGGAACAGGUGGUUAAUAUACUGAUGGAACAAAGCAGGGCACUACAAAACCAGAGGGAUCAGCUCCAACAUCAAAAGGAGGACAUGCAGAAAAACAUGGCAGAUAUUGAGAACAAGAUUCAGUCAGUGGAGAAGAUGGCAGAAAGUGACCGAGCUCAGGGAUACUACGAAAUGAAAAGUAUCACAUUAACGGCCAAAAGACAGCUGCAGGACAGAAAACAUGAAGAUAUAAAACUUCACUAUCAAACACACACACUACUGAACAAAACAAACAGUUUGUUAGAUGGAAUGACAGACAGGAAGAAGGAGGUGGAGAACCACAAGGAGAAAAUCAACGAGCAGCUGGAGGAGAUUCAGAGGAAACUUCAGACAACAAAGUCUAAGUUUUAG